GAAAACUUCUCCACAUCAAUCCCAGCAUUAAAUUUAUUCAGGGGCCACGCAAGACUAUUCAAAUUCUAUUCGAAAGUUACGUCUUCGCCAAGAAUAAUACUCAUGGAAACACCAUAUACUGGAACUGCAGGUCGCGUGGCAAAAUUCACGGAACGUGCAACGCCAGACUGUCCACUACGAAUCUUUCGAACGGGAGGUAUAAAGUCUGCAUCUCCCGGCCCACUCACAACCACCAGCCCCCAAAGCGUUACAGUAGACAAAAGCAGCAUUGCCAUUUAUUCGGCAACCUCGAGGGGACGGAUGCAACUCAUCUACGGUGGCCAGCCGUUCAUAUUUGAAAAGACCCUGAAAUUGUCUUCCGGCGAGGAGAAACGUUUCUGGCGCUGCAAUCAGUGGUGGAACCAGAAGUGCCGUUCACGAGUUUUCACAAUCAACGAUGUUGUCUGUCCCCUUAACCGGUUCCAUACCCACGAGGAGAUUGUGCGUCGGAAGAAGCGUGUACGUCGCGUACCGCCGGUGGAAACCAUUUCUAAAGUAGCCCCCACUGCCAGACAACAGCCGCACCAGCCGGAUCAACACCAACAUCAGCCGCAGCAACAAGAGAUUCAACUUACCAGCGAUGCGAUGCUGACCACCACACUAGAAGAUGAAUCCCCGGCCACCAUCGAUGUCAGUGAGCUAGGCAUGCAUCUGAAGUAUGAGGAGAUCGUCGCGGAUGUUACGGGCAUUGUGGGUGGGGCCACGAGAGUAGUUAGCCGCAGAAAGUGAGGGCGUAUUUUUCGAUUAGAUUGGUUCGAUUUUAUUUGUGACAAGGAAAGGCGGUAUUUAAGUAAAAUAAGUGAAUCCUUAUAUUUAAUAUUUGAAACUUUAAACUAUAUUUUAUUUUAUAGUCUCAGUGUUCAAUCAAACUUUUUUAUAUUCAAACCCCCCUUAAUCCGCCGCCGAAUUAUUCUUAUAAUAAGUGUAACUCGUGUUUGUCACGACAAACAACUUAGUAAUUAUAAACCAUUCUAUAAAAACAUUUUAAUUUAUGUAAAUCAAAUAAAAUUAAGGCUUUAACAUUGCAAAUGAAA